UGGCUGCAGUUUGUUUUGCGGUAUUCUAACGAUUCGGCUUUCGAUGUGAUUGUGUGCUUCUUUGGGGCCGGAGGAAAACCAAGCUCAAGUUUUUAAAAUUUUUUUGAAAAAUUCAACAAAAUUGUGUUUCGGCUUAAGGACAUACAUAUAGCAAAAUUCCUUUUCGGCUUUAAAUCAAAUAGUUGAUCAAGGAUAAUAAGAAAAAUUAACUAUAACAAAAAAACUAACAAGAGUCACACGAAAGCCACCUACACCUACAAGCAUUUAAUUAAUUGCAUUCAAAAUGAAGUUACAACUGGCAGUUUUAUGUUUGGUUUUACUCAACACCCAAUUGGAGAUGACAGCAGCUGUAACAAUGCCUGACUACAUAAAAGUUUGCUCUCGCAAUGAUCCAAAGAUUACAGAAUGCAUUAAGGAUACUGUUCAUGCAAUGCGGCCCCAUCUCAAGGACGGCAUCAAAGAGUUAAAUGUGCCCGCUAUGGAACCGCUGGACAUAGGUGAUCUCAACAUUUUAGAAGGUGGCAGUGCAGGGAUUAAUGUCAAAGCCUUGGAUUUGAAGAUUUACGGACCAUCGAAUUUUGAAAUUAAGAAGCUGAAAAACUCCAACAAUGGCUUGCGCUAUGAUUUUGAAUUAAAUUUGCCCCGUUUACAGGGUGAAGGAAAAUACGAUAUAAAUGGUCAGAUUUUAACUUUGCCCUUGCGGGGAAAUGGACCCUUUACAGGAAACUUUACCAACUUCUAUGCCUUUGUGAAAGUUAUUUUCGACACAAAGAACGUCAAUGGUGAAGAAUAUCUGCAAAUUAAAAAUCUUGAGGUUAAAAUUCGCACCGGCAAGGGUCGCAUACGUCUUGAGAAUCUAUUCAAUGGCGAUAAGGCUCUGGGCGAUGUGGUCAACGAUACCAUCAAUCAGAAUUUCGAAGUCUUUACGAAUGAGCUGAUCCAACCCAUUGAGCGUGCCUUAGAGAAGAAGUUCAUAGUAAUUGCUCGAAAAAUUCUGGAAAAUUUCACCUAUAACGAAUUGUUUCCUGUUUAAAAUCAAGUCAUUGUGAAUUUUUCUUUUAUUAAAAAGUAUUUUUAAUUUUUA